AUGGCGGCGGUGCGGGCCGCGCUGCUGGCGCCGCUGCUGGCGCUGUGCCGGGCCGGGCCGGGGCCGGGGCUCGCCGCCCGCGUCGAGGUGGCGGUGGCCGGGCCGGGGCCGGGGGCCGGGGCCGGGGCCGGCGGCGGGGCGGGGGCGGCCGCGGGGCCCGGCGGCACCUACACGCUGCGCGGGGCCGUGCUGGGCGCGGGGGGCGGCCGGGCCCCGCCGCGGGAACGGGAGCAGGAGAUCCGCGGCCGCCUGCUGCUGGUGGGUGAUGCAGAGCCCGAGCUGAGUGCCGAGGACGGGUGGAUCGGUGUGGUGCCCGUGGGUGAGGAGCCGGCCGAAGUGCCCCGGCGUGCCAAGGAGGAGUCCUUCACUGCCACCGUCGUCAGCAAGAUGAAGCGAGCGCUGGUGCUGGGGGCCUCAGCCCUGCUCAUCCUGGCCCUGAACCAGAACGCCAUCCGUGAGCUGGAUGUUUCCCAGCUUCUUGCCAAGCCUGUGAUCGUCAUCCAGUCCUCGGACAACGUCACCAAGCUGCUGGGAGCGCUGCUGCGGGGGCUCCGGGCUACGGCGAAGAUCACAUACCAGGCGGUGCUGCUGGAGAACCUGGGGGUGACCCUCACACUGUGGUCGACCUGUGGCCUGUCCCGAGGGGGCCUCUACGGGGAGUGGCAGGGGGUCAUCUGCCCUGGGGAGAACAGCUCGCAGGUCCAGAAGUACCUGCAGCAGCUGUGGAACACCAUCCUGCUGAUCGCCCUGCUCCUCUGCACUGGGGUGAUGGUGCAAGCCCAGCGGCAGUCGCGGCAGGACCCGUCGCAGCGGGAUGCUGAGCUGGACCUGAAGCAGCACAUUCGGCGGCGGCUGUCGGCGCUGAAGACCCGGCGGUACCAUCCCGGCAAAGCACCGCGGCGAUGGGCCUGCGAGAUCGACAGCUGUGCUGUCUGCCUGGACCAGUUCCACAAGAGCCAGUGGCUGCGGGUGCUGCCCUGCUCCCACGAGUUUCACCGGGACUGCGUGGAUCCCUGGCUCCUCCUGCAGCAAACCUGCCCUCUCUGCAAGCACAACAUCCUGGGGAACUGCUGCACGGAGAGCUGAGCGCUGCGAGGGACACGCAGGGACAGACCCAGCGCUGCUCUGGGGAGAGGGAGGGCCAGGGGGUGCUGGGCACACGGUGCUCUGCUGGAGCGGGGCCGGGCUGGCUGUGCCUCACACUGCCCAGCCAGUCCCAGAAGGAAGGAUUUCGGGGCUCUCCCUGUGGGGUACGAGUAG